AUGGAACAAUAUUCAAGCAUUCUCAAACAAGAAGAAGAUGCAAAAAUUACAAAGCAAAUUCAAGCACAAGAGGUAGUUAUUAUUAUGGAGGAUUUUGAAGAAUGCAAAACACCAACUUGUUCAAGAAACAAGAUUCCUCUUCUUCAAAACUGUCCACAAGCUCCAAGAAAAAAAAGGAAAGUGUCAACAUUUUCGUCGCAUUCUCGAACUGUCAUGAAAAGAUCAGCAGCAACUGAAUUGAAGUAUGUAGUAAAGGAUGAAGAGGUAGAGUGUUUCUUUCAAUCCACGUUUCAGCUUACUAAGGUUACUAGCAAGAGAUGUAGGAGUAUAUGA